AUGGAAGGAAAAGCUAAAAUACUUUUUCUCUGUCUUCUGGUCGUUUUGUUGAGCGAUUUUUCUACCGGAUUUUUUCACCGUGCUCGUAGUCGUCGCUAUCGCAAACGCAUUCGUCUGCAUAGAAUAUGUUUCCGAAUUUUUACUAACAGACGUUGUAAAAAGCUAAUGCUGCCGACCACUCAGAAACCAAAAGCAUUACCAACUACUAAAGCGACAACGCCUCCUGUGGUAUUUUUAAAUCCUGUAAAAUCUCACUCGUCAGGAUUGCCUUACUGUAAGUCCAGAGAUGUAAACGAAAUUCUCAGACCAGCUGGAAGUCGAACGAAACGUGCG